GGUAAUAGUGCGAGUGCGGGAUGCAGGAGGAAUUCUACGAAUGACUACUGGUCCUGGGUCUAGCAGUGGCUGCUGCGAACAGGAUCGAAACCAGAUGAGACUUGCUGAACAUCAAUCAUAACGAGAGCAAGAAGCCCACAAAACAGAAAGGCACAGGCAGCACGCUCUCCAUGCAUCGAAUCAUCUGCAGAACUAUCAAGCACGCACUCCACGAACGGCUCUGCUCUCGUAGACAUCGUCGCUAAUUUUGUGGUCGAAUUGGUUCAUUCUUAACAAUAAUUUGAGUUUUGAGCAGUCCAUCCGUCUUUCUAGUUCUCUAGAUACAAACACUCUCAAGAUUUUAAGUCCAUUCAAUCCUGUAAUGCUUGCUUCUUUGGCUGGAAUUUUUGACAGGAAGUCAAAGAAGCGUAGGAAAAUUGGCAAGAAGGAGAAGGAUGAAGAAAAAUCACAGACCAUGCAACCAAUCAGGCGGCCGCCCAUGCCGCCCUCCUCUGGAUGCCGCAAAGAUAGCAAACAAGCUCUUACUCUGCCAGCAUUCUCAAAGAAAAGAGGAAAGGCGCCUGUGCCAACGCCUCGUCCCUUGGCGGCAAGUGCCAAUCUGACUGACAAGGCAGCAUCAGAAGAUGCCCCUGAAUGUGACAACUGGAGGACCAAAAGCACGCGAUGCAAAGAUAAUGAAAUCUUGCAGCUGUACCUGACUGGCCAGCUGACUGAUUGCUCAUUUAGCGUUGGCAAACCUGGAGAGGAUCAAGUGACAUUCAAAUGCCAUCGCAUCAUCCUCUCCUCUACCAGCAAAAGCUUUGAAAAGCUGUUUUUCAGCGAUGAACAGAAGGCACUGCCCGAAACAAUCUCCAUUAAUGCAUCUCCAGUUUCAUUUGACUUGGUCAUGAAAUACAUCUAUGGCAACAAAAUUUUGUUCCCCAACCCUGUUACUUGCGUCGAGAUGUGCAAGAUGGCCCACUCCUGGCGUCUGCCCCAUUUGGCCGCCGCGGCUGAGAAUUACUUGAUCUCAAAAGCUGGUAUUGAGCACUACCUGAUUGCCUUUGAAAUGUUCAGCGAGCAGGGAAAGCUGUCAGAGAAGCUGCGCUUCUUGAACCUGAUCAAGAGGAACGCAUCGUCGGUGCUGAAAACCCAAUAUUGGUUGCUCGCCAGCGAUGAAACUGUGAGGGAGGUACUGAGCUACUGCAGGUACCUGCUGCUCGCGCAGGAAAAGUUUGACGCCCUGCUGGCCUGGGGCACAGCCCAGGUAAAGCGAGAUGAGAAAAUCUGUGCGGAGGAUGAGCUCAUCAAACAGGUCCGCGAGAAAAUCUGCCCAUUCCUGUCGCUGAUCGACUUUGAUUUGCUCUCGCCCAGGGAGUUUGCCUCCCGCUUCUGUAAAGAAACUGUUCUGACUGCAGAGGAGAAGCUGGACAUGCUGGUCCGCAUCGUACUCAAGUAGUUUUAGUGAUUACUCGAGAUUUUUGAACCUUUCCACUCUUGGCUAUUAUUACACGAAUUCUAUCAAAUCUGUUUUGUUCUGUUAACCAGUUGCUGGUUAUUAAUUAAAAUUGUGGCCUAGUUAAAGCCUGAAUUGAAAAUUUGUGACAGACCUAUGAAGGGUUUGAUUGUAUGGUGAUUGCAAGAGCCAAUUUCAUUGACAGUUGGAAUUCAACAGUUGCUUUCAACAUAAUUUUGAUUAUUUUGUCUAUUGCCUAUCCUUGUCAAAGCUGCAUCUUAACUAAAAUAAAAUUGACAACUCAUCA